AUGCUCAGCUUCCUCUUCUCCUAUCACCAAGUCAUGCCCUCAUUUCUGGACUUCGUCUUUCCUUUCGGCUACCAGGAGUAUCCGCAGGACUUUCAUUUUAGCGGCCUCCAGGAGGAGUCCCGUCUUGAUGAGCGGUGGAAAGGGACCGAAAUACCUCAGUUAGGCCGAUCUGCGCAACAGCUCCGUUUCUGCUACAACUUGCGCUCGGUAGAGCCUUCCAAAAGUCAGUCAAGCCUGCCAUGGUCAAUUCGACAAACCGCAGUCUAUCACUCAUUCGACCUUCAAACUGGUCACUCGCUGUGGAUCAGUGUCAAGGGCAAUAAGCUGAUAAAGAAUCGAAUUACUGAGGCAUCCACGCUGCCUUCGCUGUCCGAAGCGGGGACACGUAGUGGAGCCUUCUCCGCAUCACUGGCAACCCAUCUGCUCCUAUGUGACUGGUCAGGCGAGAAUUGGCGGUGGUAUAUCAACGACUUAUGGGAUCGGUUCCAGGAGCUCACACGGGACGCUCUGGCUACUCCGGUAGACAAACCGCCAAGUCCGAUCGCCUCCCCAGUCCCGUUCCUGAUGAGCCCGCGCAUUCCAACCAACUAUUUCCCCCCUCCUUCUCGUGCCACAACCGGUCAAUUUCCAGGCAGUCCGCGGAGCAAAUUUGAGGCAUUUUCACCCUCUUUCCCAUCGCGCACGACAACCUUGCUAGAGUCUCCGCAGUCUCCGACCCAUGUACAAGACAGCUAUUGCAAUCAUGACAAAUGGGCGAGUGCUAGAAUCGUGGACGCGAAAGGUUUAAAGAGCAGCCUCACUUCACUAUACGGCCAGGUGAAGAAUAUCGGACACAGCGAUUUUUGGCGGCACGAUAACAGAAGCAAGCCCUCUCCUUCAGCCGACGAGAAAGCACAGUUGCCAUCCCCAUCACCGGGCGACAAGCAAACACCCCCGGAACUUCCUCCGACCUUUUCAGAACACGGCGACGAAAAGCAGCAUGAGACUUUCACCUUCAGCGGCCUUCAGGACAUUCAGUAUAUUGAAGAGAAAGCACAGGAAGCUCUUCUCGUUAUUCGGCUCAAUGCGGAAGUGCUUGAACAGUUGAGACAGCACUACCAAUACGUCAUGAACCACGGCGAAUUUCCCUUAGAGCUGAAGGCCGAUUGCGGUGGCGACCUUGCAAGGUUCGAUAAGUGCGUGCUUAACGUAGAAAAAGACCUGCGAAUGCUGCAGUCAAGGACGGAGACGCUGUUGUGCUUGUUAGCGAAUCGCAAACAUCUGCUCAACGGUAUCCUGCAAUAUAGAAGCGUCAAGGCCAACGAAUCAUUCGCGAAGAAAGCACAUGAAUCGGCGACUCGCAUGGAAAUGAUGACGCACGAGAUGCACGGCAUAGCAAAGAAGACCGAACAAGAAACAGUAUCUAUGAGGGUCAUCACCACCGUGACCCUGUUCUUCCUACCGGCUACCUUCAUUGCAACGUUCAUGAGCACAGACAUCCUCAAGUUCGAAGACGGACGGCAAGACUUUCAGAUCAAGGGACUAAGGAUAUACCUUGCGAUUGCUCUUCCCAUGACAGCGGUAACGUUCUUUGCCUGGUACAUCAUCUAUCGCCGAGCGAAAAAAGCAGGCGAUUUCGCCGCUCAGGCGCACCAAGACUCUCCGGCCCAUUCGGAUAUAGUCUGA